CGAGUUGGGCCGGGCCGCUGGGGAGGCACCACCACCACUGGGAUUAGAGAUGGCCUUCCGGAGCCCGCUUUGAGCCCUCAUCCUAGAGGGGGGACGUGACCUCUGCCACGAUGUUUAGGAGGAUUUUACAGAGGACUCCAGGCAGAGUUGGGUCUCAGAGCUCUGACUCCGAAUCAUCUGCAAUCCCUGGAAAUGUGGAUGUCAACAAUGAGGGCUCUUCAGAGGGAUUUAUUUGUCCUCUUUGUAUGAAAUCUCAUGGAUCAGCUGAAGAACUUUUUAAACACUACGAAGCAGUUCAUGAUUCUGGUAUUGAUUCAAGUCAUGGAGGAGAAUCUAACAUAUCUCCGAAAAGAGAUGACGUAACACUUCUCCGGCAAGAAGUUCAAGACUUGCAAGCCUCACUUAAGGAGGAACGAUGGUACUCUGAAGAACUGAAGAAAGAAUUAGAAAAAGUGCAGAGGCAGCAAGAGUCUAAACCUGAUGGGCCAUCAACUGCAGCAUCUACAGAAUUGGAAUCAUUACAAAGUCAGUUGGAAGAGAGUCAAGUAGAAAAUUUCAAUGUUAAGCAGAUGAAAGACUUAUUUGAACAGAAAGCAGCCCAACUGGCAACUGAAAUUGUGGAUCUUAAGGCCAAGUAUGAUGAAGAAACAAGUCUGCGAGCAGCAGCAGAACAGAAAGUGACAUAUUUGACACACGAGCUAAAGAAGGAGAGAGAGCAAUGCGAAGAUUUAAAAACUGAGCUGCUUCAGAGGCCUGGUGUAGAAGAUGUUGCUGUUUUAAAGAAGGAGUUAGUCCAAGUUCAAACAUUAAUGGACAAGAUGACUUUGGAGUGUGAAAAAGAAUCUGAGAAACUGAAAGAUGAGUGCAAGCAUUUGAGAGCCGAGUGUACAACCUCAGAGGCUACCAUCAAUCAGUUAAAAGCUGAACUCGCCAAAGGACCACAGGAAGUUGCUGUGUAUGUUCAGGAACUUCAGAAAUGUCGAACUUCAAUUACCGAAUUAACACAGAAAAAUCAGAGUCUGACUGAAAAGUUGAAAAAGAGGGAGUUGGAUUAUACCCAGUUAGAAGAUAAACAAAACGAAGAAUCAUUAAUUAAGAAGAAUCUGCAAGCAACCCUUAAUCAAAAGGACUUGGACUGUCAACAACUUCAGGCAAGGUUGUCUGCAUCUGAAGACUCAUUGAAGAGGUUACAGAAAGAACUGGAUGAAAGGGGAGAAGCAAGUCAGAAACUUAAGGAGGAGUUGUCGGAAGCUGAGAUAAAGUACCAGCAUCUUAAGGCAGAAUUCAAACAGUUACAGCAACAAAGGGAAGAAAAAGAACAGCAUGGCUUGCAACUUCAGAAUGAGCUGAAUCAGUUACAUAAUAAACUUCUGGAGACUGAGCGUCAACUUGGGGAAGCACAUGGGCGGCUAAAAGAGCAGAGGCAAUUGUCUAGUGAAAAGCUGAUGGACAAAGAACAGCAGGUGGCUGAUCUUCAGCUGAAACUCUCACGUUCAGAGGAGGAGCUAAAGGAAAAAGCAGCAAAUGGAACUGAAUUGCAGCAUCAAUUAGAUAAAAUGAAGCAGCAGCACCAGGAGCAACAGAAUCUUCAGCAGAGUACCACAGCAAAGCUGCGAGAAGCCCAGAAUGAUUUGGAGCAAGUACUACGCCAGAUUGGUGAUAAAGAUCAAAAAAUCCAAAAUCUUGAAGCUUUGCUGCAAAAGAGUAAGGACAAUAUUUCCUUGCUAGAAAAGGAAAGGGAGGACUUGUAUGCCAAAAUUCAAGCUGGUGAAGGAGAAACAGCAGUUCUUAACCAGCUACAGGAAAAGAACCAUACAUUGCAGGAACAGGUAACUCAACUGACAGAAAAACUGAGGAACCAAUCAGAAAGUCAUAAACAGGCCCAAGAGAACUUGCAUGAGCAGGUGCAGGAGCAGAAGGCACAUCUGAGAGCCUCUCAAGACCGCGCUCUAUCCUUGGAAGCAACUAUAAGUGAGCUAAAUAGUCAGUUAAGUGAAAGCAAAGAAAAAGUAUUGCAGCUUGAUUUGCAGAUAAAAGCAAAAACUGAAUUGCUGCUAUCGGCAGAAGCAGCGAAAGCUGCUCAAAGAGCAGAUCUUCAGAAUCAUUUGGACACUGCCCAGAAUGCAUUACAAGAUAAACAACAGGAAUUACAUAAGGUCACUACACAGUUGGAGCAGGCUACUGCUAAGCUUCAUGACAAACAGGAAUACUGUACUCAGCUGGAAGCCAACCUUAAGGAGUACAAAGAAAAGCAUCUUCAUUUCGAACAGAAAACUGAGGAGCUCGAAGGUCAGCAUAAGAAACUAGAAGCUGACAUUCUUGAAGUUACGGGGAUUAAAGAAAAAGUGCUUCAGGAGCUUCAGGAGCAAAGGCAACAGUGCACAGACUUGAAUCUCAAAGCUGCAGAACUGACGAAACAAGUUGAUGCAGAAAGAGAAAUAGUAUCUAAUACCAGAUCACACCUACAAAAGAAAUGUGAUGCUCUAGAAAAAGCAAACCAGCAGAUAUCAAAACUAGAGGGAGAAAGUGCAAGACUGAAGCUGGAACAUGAGAAAAUACAUGAAGAUAAUAAUAGGCAAUGUAAGGAACUAGAUGAAAAACUGCAAGUAGUAACAGAAGAUUUGCUAAAAAUAAAGCUGGAAAAAGAUACUCUAUUAAAGGAGUUUGAAGUUAUCAGAGACAAACUGUCAAAGAGCACUGAAUCUGUGAAAGUAGCCAAAGAUGAAUUGGAAAAGGAAAAACAAAAAGGAAAGGUGGCAAUGGCAGAAUUGGAGAAGUCUUGUCAAGAAGCUAAACGUCAACUUCAAGUCCAGUCGGAAUCUAUAGCUAAAGAACAAAAUGAACUGAAAAACUCAUUGGAAAAGCAAGAAGGGAUCUCCAAGCAACUGGGAACAGACCUCGAUUUGGCCCGUGCACAAGUACUGCAGAUUCAAGGUGUUUUAAAGGAAAAAGAAAAGAAUGAGCAGCAGCUCCAGCUAAAGUUGAAAGAAGUGAAGGAAUCUUUUGACCAGAAGAAAAAACAAAUUGAAACACAACAAGCUGAAUUAAAAACAGCUCUUUUAGAAAAGGCAGAACUAGAGAAUAAACUACAGCAGCAGAUAACAUUGUCGACCCAGGAGCUUACAGCAGAGAGGGAAAGAAAUGCAGAACUCCAGAAGGCACAUAAAAAAACCCAGGAAAAUUUGGACAAAAUUCAGCUGGAUUUUUAUGGUAAAGAAUCAGAGCUCUUGGCUAUACGGCAAGACCUAAAGUCUACAGAGGAGAAGCUUGCUUUAGCUCAAGAGGAACUGAUUUCUAACAGAAAUCAAAUUAGUAAUCAUAAUCAGCUGAUCAAAGAACUUAAGACUGUAAGAGCUACACUAGAGCAAGAUGCAUCAAAAAAAGAACAGCAGUUGAAGGAGCAGGAAAAACUAUUACAGGAAAUACAGAAAGAGAAGGCUUUAAAAGAAAAAGACUUGGCAAAUGAAAAAUCCAAAACAACUGAGCUCCAGAAUAUAAACAACAAAUUGGAAAAAGAGAAUGCCAAGCUGAAGGAAGAGGGUAGGGCCUUCAAACAAGAAUUUGAGAAGGAAGUUACAAACCUAAAAGAGGCCAAGCAGUUGUUGAUUCAGCAGAAACUAGAGCUUCAGGGAAAAGUCGAUAACAUCAAUACCGCCCUUGAACAGGAGAAAAGGAAUCAGGAAGUUAUGAAAGAUCAGUUGAAAAAGAGAGAAGAAGCUUUGAAGAAGAAAUAUUCUGAACUUGAAGCAAAAUUGCAAGCGGAGAUCAAGGAAAAAGAUGAACAAUGUAAAAGUCACGAGGAGUCAGAGAGUAAGCUUAACAUGCAGAUCACAGCACUGAAUGAAAACCUGAGUACGGUGAAGAAAGAGUGGCAAAGCAGCCAAAGAAGAGUUGGUGAGCUAGAGAAACAAACAGAUGAUCUGCGUGGAGAGAUUGCAGUACUGGAAGCCACAGUACAAAAUAAUCAGGAUGAGAGGAGAGUGUUGUUAGAAAGGUGCCUUAAAAGUGAAGGAGAAAUUGAAAAGCUUCAAAGCAAAUUGAUGGAUGCACGAAGAAAACUGGAUGAUACUACUGCAGCCAUGCAAGAGCUUGGCAGAGAGAACCAAUCACUGCAGAUCAAACAUACACAAGCCCUAAAUAGGAAGUGGGCAGAAGACAAUGAGGUUCAGAAUUGCAUGUCGUGUGGAAAAAACUUUUCUGUAACGAUAAGAAGGCAUCACUGCAGACAGUGUGGAAAUAUCUUCUGUGCUGAGUGUUCAUCAAAGAAUGCCUUAACUCCUUCUUCAAAGAAACCUGUUCGUGUCUGUGAUACUUGUUUCAAUGAUUUACAAGGAUAACUACCCUUACAUGUUAUGCUAGAAUAAACGUUUCUGUUAUGCACUUCGUACAGCACUCAGACUACUGUUUGGUUUGGGCAAUGAUUGUAACAAUUGGCAAAAUUCUAGUAGCAUUUAAAGUAAGUCAAAUUGUACUUCUUGUGAGGCUGACGUUAUCUAUGGCGUGUUUGGGUUUCACCCUACAGGAGCUUCUGUGUCUAGUUUAAAAAUCCCCAAUAACCUGUAAAUAAAGUUUAAGCAGAGAAGCAACAAUGUAUUUUUUUAAUUCUGAUUUCUUUGUUCAAAAGUAACAUCUUUUAAGUAAAUGUAUUUGUAGGGAUUUUGUGUAUCAAAUAUAGCCGCUGAAAUGGCAUAGUUGCAUUUUAUUGGCUGCAUUGGAAUGCUUAAGAUAAUAGUCCCAAGCAGCUUUUUUGUUUUUUUGUCUUUUUGUUUGCUGGGAGUUCUACUUUUGUGAUGUGCACCCAGUUAAUGGAAAACUGCCUUGAGAUUUUAAAAUUUUGGGCUUGUUCACUAGGGUAUUACUAUAUGCUUCACUGGAAAUGAAAAGCAGUGUUAAGACUGUAGUGUAUCUGAGAAUACAUAAUAUCCAAGGUCUUUAUGUGGAUUACAUCCUCAUUAAUAUGCAAGUUCCUGUAUCUUUGAGGUAGGUCUGUGUUUAAUCCUUCUCUGCAAGCUCUUACGCUUGCUUGCAUUUUUAGGCUACCACUAAAAAUAUUUUUCCCAGGUAAGUAGUUAGUUACCCUGGUGCUCCUGCAUUUCCAGUGUAUAUUUUUGUCAUCUUUUUCUCAGUUCUUGCUAAAGGUUUGGUUAGUCAGCCCACAUAAAUGGAAUAAAAUACCCAGCUCUGUUAAUAAGGGAUGGCUUUAAAGGUUUUUGAAAACCAAAAAUUCUAUCACCAGUAUCUGUCUUGCCUUACCUGAACUUGUUUAAUGAGGUAUAUGUCAGUCAUGGGCACAGUACAAUGGUGCCAUAUUUUAUUCAGUUGAAAUUGCUAUUAAUAAGUUUAGCAGUUGGAUGCAGGUGGCAGAUAUGUCAUGUUGCUAUAUUGUCAUGUUUUGGCUAAGGAAGGUAUGCAGAUAAUGUCCUUACAUGAAUACAUACAUGCACAGUCCACUGUGUUGCUUCAGAAUAGUGACAUGCUUGUAAAAUUUAGGAUUACUGAAAUACAAGAUGGCAUUUAAAAUUUAAAGCUUGUAGUUUUUUGAACUUUUUAAAAUGUCGUGUAGUUUUCCUUGAUUCCCUUGUUUAGGAAUGAAGUGAACCCAGCAAGCACAGAUGCUACAUGCUCAUUUGUUUAACAUCGUUGUAAUGCAGUUUGGGAAUAAUUAGAGACACUUUGAAUGUUAUUUUCUCUGAAAGCUAGUGGGUUGGAAGAGAUGGGCAAACAACAGAACACAGAUACCACUGAAAUUUCCAAAUGUCAGAUUCAAAUAUGAUGCAUGAAACUUGCAAACAUCCUGAUUCAGGUAUGCAAGUUCUGCCUAUGCCAGAUUUAGUUAUUCCCCUUUGUCCUGAAACUGGAACAGAGAAAAGAAAUAUCCAAAGCAGCCACUGGAGAACAGGAAAUUAUUAGGGCUGUCACCUGAUUAAAAAUGAGUUUUAAUUGGUUAAAUAUAUAUAAGCUUGCACAUUGAAUAAACAAGUUCUGAAGAAAAAAUAUUUUGGUUUUGGUUGAUGCUCUUGCAGUAGGCACCAUCUUGGGGCAGCAUUCACUCCAGUAUGAGAUACCAUGUUCGAUGCCUCUUUGAAGGUAGCAUCCGCCAUACAUUUGUAAAUACUUGUAUACAAUUAACCAGGCCCUUGUUAAUUGGUUAACCAUUUAAUUGAUUAAACACUACAGCCCUAGAAAUUACAUAUAUUUUGGGACAGAACUGAACAUUUAUCCAGCAGAACAGCAUAAGGUCUCUCUAACAGUGGUACAAUUUGGAAAUCUGAAUUACUUCAAGUGGAAAACCAAGAAAACCUCAGGAAGGGUAAGAAUAGCAU